AUGCGUGUUUCUACUCUUGUUGCCUCGCUGGCAACUGCCGUUUCGGCCUACGACGACUUCCUGAACGAGCCUGACACUGGAUUCCAAUCCUAUCUCAGCAGCACCAACUGGACUGAGAAGAGCCGCCCUCUUCUCAAGGAUAUCCGUGGUGUUCCCGAUUUCGACUUCGCUGCUCGUCAAAGCCUUACUGAUCAGCAAUACGCCUUCUAUCGCACUGCCGCUGCCGGAGAAUGGUCAUACCGCAACAACCUGAAGGCUUGGGAGAAGGCCAGAGUCCGACCUCAUCAGCUCGCCAGCAUCACUGGUCUCAAUGAGACUAUGGGUGUCAGCAUCCUAGGCCACAACUUCAGCGCUCCUUUCUUCAUCUCGCCCGCUACCCGUGCUGGCUACGGUGACGAGGAACGCGGUGAGCUCAACUUUGUCGACGCUGCCGCUGACGAGGACAUUCUCUACGUUGCAGCUCUUUAUGCCACCAAAUCUAUCGAGGAGAUUGGUGCUCAGCGAAAGAAGCGCGGUAACACCAUCUUCCAGCAGAUCUACACCAACGGAAACCUUUCCGUGACUUGGGAUGCCAUGAAGCGUGCUGAGGCUCAGGGCGUCAAGGCUUUUGUCUGGACUAUCGAUGCUCCCGGCACCGCUGUUCGCCAUCGCGCUGCUCGCUACGAUACUACCAAUGCCAACGCGGCUACCUCUGUCCUCAGCUGGGACCUUCUCGACCAGCUCCGCGAGCACACCAAGCUCCCUAUCAUCCUCAAGGGCAUCACCACCGUCGAGGACGCUCUACGCGCUGUUGAGGCUGGCGCUGACGGUAUCUGGCUGUCCAACCACGGUGGCCGCCAGGCCGAUUACUCCCCAUCUCCUCUAGAGAUUGCCUACGAGAUCCGUCGCAACGCCCCUGAAGUCUUCAAGAAGACCGAGGUUAUUGCCGACAGUGGUGUCCGAUACGGUAGCGACGUAAUCAAGCUGUUAGCUCUUGGUGUCAAGGCUGUUGGACUUGGUCGACCUUUCCUCUACUCUAACGUCUACGGUCCUGAGGGUCCUAAGAAGCUCAUCCAGAUUCUCAAGAACGAGAUCCUUACUGAUGCUGCUCAGAUCGGCAUCAAUGAUCUCCACAACAUCCCUUCCAGGGUGAGACAACCCCCCGCGAAGAGCGGCCAGAAAAGCGAGUUCGCUUCGUACUCCCAGAUCGAACAAGAUCUCGGGAACGCGAGCAACGGGGCCAUGACUACCGAGAAAGUCGGUACAGCCACUCGCGAGACGACAGUGAACGACGUCGCUCUCGAGGCCCAGGCCGCGGCUACCGAGAAGUUCGGUAUAGCCACAGGGACAGGCGCGAAAGAUCAUCGCUCCGUUAUUCUCGAAGCCGCUCAAGAGACGGCGAGCGACGACGUCGCUCACGCAGCCCGAGCUAUGACAGUCCCAGGCGUCAUUACCGAGGCUCCCAUCAUCGAUCCAACUCGCCGGAUUAUGGCCGAGAAAACUCUCAUCGACGAGAUCAACGACGACCUCGUCGACACGACUCAAACCGCAGUCCAAAGCUCAACUCCUGGCGGCCCCGAAGCAACUGGCGACGGACCGCGUCGACGUAACGGCAACCUCUUCCCCGUGCAUUCCAUCCCCUCGGUUGUGGAUGAGAUACAACGCACCAUACCAGGGCCACAGGUCGACAUGGUAUGGGGCCCAAGGCCAAUCAUUCGAGCGAUUUAUGAGGAAUUCAAGGCCAAGAAUGGCCUCUGCACAGCGCACAUCCUCCCUUCUCGCGAUGAUGACGAGGGUGACGGGGACGCUUACUGA